GGGGCGGCGGAGCCAUGGCCCGCGACUGCGCCGCCCGCAGCCUGGACGGCAUCGACCUGGCGGCGCUGCGGGACCCUGCGGGAAUAUUUGAACUGGUGCAGGUUGUUGGAAAUGGAACAUAUGGACAAGUCUAUAAGGGUCGUCAUGUUAAGACCGGGCAGCUAGCAGCAAUCAAAGUGAUGAAUGUUACUGAGAAUGAAGAGGAGGAAAUCAAGCUGGAGAUAAAUAUGCUAAAAAAGUACUCCCAUCACCGGAAUAUUGCUACAUAUUAUGGUGCUUUUGUAAAGAAAAGUCCUGCAGGUCAAGAUGAUCAGCUCUGGCUGGUGAUGGAGUACUGUGGUGCAGGCUCUGUCACUGACCUGGUAAAGAAGACAAAAGGGAACUGUUUCAAGGAAGACUGGAUUGCUUACAUCUGCAGAGAGGUUCUCAGGGGCUUGGCACAUCUUCAUGCUCACCAUGUCAUCCAUCGAGAUAUUAAAGGACAGAAUGUUCUUCUCACAGAAAAUGCAGAAGUAAAAUUGGUGGAUUUUGGUGUAAGUGCUCAGCUGGACAGGACUAUUGGGAGAAGAAACACGUUUAUUGGCACACCUUAUUGGAUGGCACCUGAGGUCAUUGCUUGUGAGGAGAACCCAGACUCUACUUAUGAUUACAGGAGUGACCUGUGGUCUCUGGGAAUCACUGCUAUUGAAAUGGCUGAAGGAGCUCCUCCCCUGUGUGACAUGCACCCCAUGAGAGCGCUCUUCCUCAUCCCACGGAACCCACCCCCAAAGUUGAAAUCCAGAAAAUGGUCAAAGAAGUUCCUAAACUUUGUUGAAAGCUGCCUUGUAAAACAUUAUUUGCACCGUCCAUCCACUGAAACCUUGCUUAAGCAUUCUUUCAUCCGAGACAUGCAGAACGAACGGCAAGUGCGCAUCAUGCUGAAAGAUCACCUGGACAGGACCAGGAAGAAAAAAGGAGAAAAGGAAGAAACGGACUAUGAUUACAGUGGCAGUGAGGAGGAAGAUGAUGAGCUGAAUGAAGAUGAAGGAGAACCAAGCUCCAUAGUUAAUCUCCCAGGGGAGUCAACUCUCCGUCGUGAAUUUCUGAGGCUGCAGCAGGAGAACAAGAACCGUUCUGACCCUCAGCGCCAGCAGCAGCAGCUGAAGGACCAGGAGAAAUACAAGAAGCAGCUGCUGACAGAGCGGCAGAAGCGGAUUGAGCAGCAGAAGGAGCAGAGGAGGAGGCUGGAGGAUCACCAGAGGCGAGAGCAGGAGCUACGAAGGCAGCAGGAGUGUGAGCAGAGGUGGCCAGAGGCAAAGGUCGGUCAGAGGAAAGAGGAAAGGGCUAAAGAAGACAAAAGGGCUGUGGAAGAUGAACACUUCAUAGUAGAUGGACAGAGGAAAUUAGAAAAGAAGCAGAAGAUGGAAGAUGUGCAGCACAACAGGAGGGUGCAUCGAACUCUCCCCAAAGAUCAGACACAGCUGCUGUCCCUCCAACAUGACCACAAGCAGAAGAAGAAGGAGCCUUCCACGAGUUCAAAUGCAGCAGUGCAUCCUCCAUCAAGCAGCACAAGCAAAGAGGCCGAGGACCAAAUAAAGAAGGGUGAUGCCAUCCAGCCUUCCCUGCAGUGGCCAGUGGCGCUGGGACACGAGGCCACACCACACUCCAGGAUGGGCUCUGGCAGCAGCUCCAGCCCCUGCACCCCUGCACCACAGAGAGCCAUGGUAGUGCAGUGUGAAAAUUUCCGGGCUAGUAAGGACGUGUACCACAGCAGUUCACUGUCAGACAUGGUGACAGCACCACUCAGCCCUGUGCAGGAUGACGUGUUCUGGAGCGUGAGUCAAAACGAAGAGCAGCCCCCAAAGGUUCCAGAAAGGACAACCUCGAAAUUUUACAGCAGGGAUCAGCCUGGCCAUCAGAGAUGCCUUUCAAGUAACACUCAUCAGUCAUCCCCCGUGGGACACGCUCUGAAGCUAAACAGUAGCAGCAGCACUCCUGGCAACAAGCAGUGGGAGAUGGGAUCUCAUCAGAGCAGCUGGUCAACCUCAGGGAAUCCAGGACCGGCCAAGGCAGAGAACGUUUUGUCCCAGAACCACUUGCAGCUGCAUAAGAAGGCUGAAAAGGUUUCUCAUCCAGGCCAGAUUGCAAGUCCAGUCUCCUUUGCCAAGGUGAAAGACAGUGCCAACUCAUUGUUAAAAGCAGCAGACUAUUCCUCCUCAAGUGAUGAGGUCAGCAGCAGCAGCAGCAGCAGCAGUGAUGAAGAUGACACGAACCACACAAGGCAACUGCUAAGCGGCAGAAUCGCAGAUUUCUCAAGGACGAGAGUACCAGAUGGAAUUGAACUGAAACCCCAAAGCACCGUCACAGAACAGAAGGACCAGAUUUUAGGGAAACAAAUUUCUAACACCCAAGAAGGCCUUUGGAGCGUAAACAACCAGAAUUAUCUCCUGCCAGAUCUCCUCCAGCAAAGCCAAAUUACAGACUCCUCUGUGAACCCGCCACAAGUGCCACUGACUUGCCAGGAACCUCAGAACAAACCUCUGAACAAGACCCCCUGUGCUGAAAGCCCACCUCCCAAGAGCAGCACAUCAUCCACAACAUCAUUUACGUCGUUCAUAGAUCCCAGACUCUUGCCAAUCACCCCUCCCACCAGUCCAGUAGGACCUUCCUGUAGUUCUCCAUCUAGUGCCAAACCUGAGCCUGUCAGGAGGGAAAAUGCAAGGAAGGGCUCUGUUGUCAAUGUCAACCCAACAAAUAUCCGCCCGCAGAGUGACAGCCCAGAAAUUCGUAAAUACAAGAAGAAAUUCAACUCAGAGGUCCUUUGUGCUGCUUUGUGGGGAGUAAAUUUACUGGUGGGAACAGAGAAUGGAUUGUGGCUGCUGGACAGAAGUGGGCAAGGAAGAGUUUAUACAUUGAUUACAAGGAGACGAUUCCAGCAAAUGGAUGUUUUGGAAGGACUCAAUGUGCUAAUUACUAUAUCAGGGAAGAAGAAUAAGUUGAGGGUGUAUUACUUGUCAUGGCUGAGGAAUAAAAUUUUGCGCAAUGAUCCAGAGGUGGAGAAGCGGCAGGGCUGGGUGUCCGUGGGUGACCUGGAAGGCUGUGUGCACUACAAAGUUGUAAAAUAUGAGAGAAUAAAAUUCCUCGUAAUUGCUUUGAAAAACUCAGUGGAGGUUUAUGCUUGGGCUCCAAAGCCUUAUCACAAAUUCAUGGCUUUUAAGUCCUUUACCUCACUUCAUCACAAACCACUAGCAGUUGACCUGACUGUUGAAAAUGGACAGAGAUUGAAGGUUAUAUAUGGGUCACUAGUGGGCUUUCAUGCUAUUGAUGUGGACUCUGGAUCUGUGUAUGACCUGUAUCUUCCAACACACAUCCAGGGGACUAUCCACCCACAUGCCAUUAUCAUCCUCCCGAACACCAGCGGAAUGGAGCUUUUGCUCACCUAUGAAGAUGAAGGCAUCUACAUUGAUAUAUACGGGCAUUUCACAAAGGAGACUGUUUUACAGUGGGGAGAAAUGCCAGCGUCUGUAGCUUACCUUCAAUCUAAUCAGGUCAUGGGCUGGGGAGAGAAAGCCAUUGAACUACGCUCUGUGGAGACAGGAAAUCUGGAAGGAGUAUUUAUGCACAAGAAAGCACAGAAGCUAAAAUUUCUUUGUGAAAGAAAUGACAAGGUGUUCUUUGCAUCUGUACAGUCAGGAGGCAGCAGUCAAAUAUACUUUAUGACUCUUGGUCAAAACGUACUAUUCAACUGGUAAAGCACAUCAAAAGAAGGACACUUUGAAAUUCCCUGUAGGUAGCAGUGUAAAAUUCUUAAAGGUAAUAUACACAAAUUUGCACUUUUUACCUACAAAAAUGUUGUCAUUAUUGACUUACAGAAUUCAUAUUCUUUCAGUCUGGAAAGAAUUCCAUUUUUCUGUCAAAGUAUUGCAAACAUGUUUAGUUUGUUCUCUAAAGUAUGUUUCAAACCAAGAUUGUAUUAGGAGACUUUAAUGAAGAAUGCAGCCAAUAUUGAUAAGAAGCUCCUGUACUCUGAAAAGUGUAUGGUUUCAUUUUCACAGAUAAUGUAAUGUUGUUAUCUUGAACUGAAGUCUCUUUUUUGGACAGCAACAUUUGCAGGUAGAUAUAAAAACACAAUUUGAAUCUAUUUUGAGUUGCAUUUGGGCUUGUUUUGCAUUUCAAGCAAGCUGUUACUGUUUCACCAAGACUCACUUGUCCAAGUCUUAUAAUAAAGAGAAACUGUUCCUGGUAGGUCCCAGCACAGCCUGGGACACUGGAGGGAUCGUCCCCUGUGCUGGGUGGACAGGUGUGUUUCAGUGCAGAGUUGUAAAAACAGCUAAUUCUUAACAUGUUGGGGGGAUUUUUACAAAUGCAGACUUUGUGUUUCUCUCAGGGCUGGAUGCCUGAGCCCAUAGACACAGUUACUGUAGAAUGUAUUUGUAAAAAUAGUUUAAAUAGUAGUUUGUCAAAGAUGCAUAAAGUAUUAUGGACCAGAACCUGUAAUUUUUAUCCACACCUGGGACCCACACUCAUACAAGUUGACUUAAAGGCACUACCCAUGUAUAUAAAUAAGGGCACAGGAUCAGGCACCUUUUCUUCCUUUCUGCUCUUUCACAUCAAGUCUUUGUGUAUUUGUGUGUAAAUAUAAUCUUUCUGCAAUGGAUGUUAAGAUUAACAAAUGUAUUCUUAAUAUAGUUAUGAAAUUAUCCAAAGAGUUAAUCUAUUAUAAAUAGAAAAUAUAAAUAAUUCCAGGUGCUUUCUAUGCUAAUUACAUCUAAAUAAAGCCGCGUCCACUAGUGUUAUUGGUGCCAGUGUUUCUGCAUAAACUCUGUUCUCAGGGGCUUAUAACUUGGCCAUAAAACUAUAGAGAUAUAAUAUAUAUAUACUAUAUAUAAUCAUAUACUAUGAUUAAAUUGUAGGGUUUAAUGCAAUCCUCAUUUAGCUGAUUUUUGGAUGUGCUUUGAAAAUGUAAAGCAUCAAAUGUAAUACAAAAGAGCUCAUUCCAGACAUGAUACAGUAUGGGUGAUACUAAAGUGAAAUCACUAGCUACAGUGUUUGAAAAUAGGUAUUUUUUACUUGAAAUAUUUGAUACUGAAAGGUGCAGGGAAAGUGUAUUGGAAUAUCUGGUCGUCUACCUCAAGGAUGAUGAUUCUAUGUUGACUAAGGAAGGCAGAAAUGAAGUUGUUCCAACUGGUAGGUGUGCUGUACAGUAUGACAGGUUCAUUUAGUGUUGGCAGUCAUGCAGUGACUGACAGGUGCUCAGAACUCAUAUCCUUGUAUAUGUCAGCAGAGAAUCAAACUAGGGGCUAAUUACCCUUUUCCCCUUUCCCCGUGUUGGCACCUCAACUGCUGCAGGCAGGUCAGAGAUGUCUGCACUGUGGCUGUCUACAUUUUUGGCUAUGUGGAGGACUGUACUUUCCAAAGUUAUUUAACCUCGCACUUUUCACAGGCACUAGCUUAUCUCAAAAUGUGUAGGUUUUUUUUACAAAGUAUUUUCCUUUUAAAUGUUUAACUAACAGAAAAACAAGCCUAAAGCCAUGCUAAAAAAAUCUGCAGUUAAAUACUCAAUGUGGUUCUUAAUGUAAGUAAGUAAUCAGCUUGUGAGCAGACUUGAAAUCUGAAUGGGAGGGGUGCUCUGGCAGAGCUGUGUGACAACAGGAGCUCUGUCUGACUGUAGUAAUGUUCCUACCUGUUGCCAGUGCCAGGGCUGGGGCAAACGAGCAAAACCUGGCAUGGCUUCCUAUGCUACUGAACACUGGGCUUGUUUAGUUCAACUUUCACAGAACAAACAAACAAACAACAAAAAAACCCCAACAAAACCAAACAAGCCCAAACCUGUAACAGAAACAGAGGUUAAAGUUACAAUUAUAGGCAAAAAAAUAAGUUGCAGACAAUCAGAAAUACAACUUACUUGCUUUUGAUUUAAGAGUCUGAGAGACUGUGAAGGAAGAACAGCUUUCAUUUUGCACACAGUAGGUGUGCAAAACUUGCUUGCAAAACUGUUCGUGCUAUAAGCAAUCAAGUGAUCCAGGCUGCCCUAUAAUAUUUUUAAAGUGUGCUUAUCUCAGCAGCCUCUGCAUUACAGGGGAUGCAUGUGAAUAUUUCCCCUCCCCUGUUCUGGUGUCAACAGGUAGAAGGCUGAUUUUUUUCCUGAUGCUAGUUAAAAAGAAUUUAGCAGAGAACAGUGGAAAUUUAGAACAACAACCCAUAUCAAAGAAGCAAAUGUCAUCGAACUUGUUUAAGAUUAUUGUUACAGAAAAUUGUGACAGUAAGUUGACAAACUGUGGAGAUGUUUAACUCCAUACCAAGAGGGAAAAACAAACAACCCCAAGUUCAAGAGAGGGAAUGUGCACUAUUACAUUGGGAUUUUAUUUUUUCAUUCCGUCUCCCUCUAUUAGCUCUCUCUUCUUUCCAGCUACAAUUCAAGGCAGCGGUUUGAAUUUUCGUCUUCUACUUACUAUGUAAAACGGUUGGAAUUUUCGGGGUUAUAUCCAUGUGUAAAUAUGGAAAGAAUGAGGCCCUUAGAGGUGAAUGCUUUUUAAAGGAUUUAGAAGUGGUAUUGCAAAUAGCAAUAGCAACUGGAUGGAACAAGAAGACUAGCAUUGUCUAUCAAGAGACAGUCAGAGUGGUUGAAGAUGAGAAAGAGCCCAGAGAUGUUGAGAAGAGUAACAGAAGAGAGUGGAAGUGACUGAAGAGGAAGAGGAGGGAAAAGCUGAAGAAAAAUAAAUAGGAGUAGCCAAAGGGGAGGGAGUGGAUGUCUGGCUCAGCGUAUUGCUGUAGGAGGAAAACAAAAGGUUAAGAGGUGUUAAGGAAAAGAGAGCAACCAAAGAAAUGGAAAGGUAUCUGCAGUGACUGGGGGACACUGAAUGAGUGUUUUGAAUAACUGUUCAGCUUGAAGCAAAAGUACAAAGGCCAGAAGAAAACAAAAAUCCAGUGAUCUAAGUUUAUCCAGACAUAAAUUUAACUAUGCAAAAUGUGUAUCAGAUUUGUAGCUUCAUUUUGUGAGGUGUUUCACUAGCUGUGCCCUUUCACUAACUUUUGAAACCAAGGAGUGAACUGCCUAAUGUGUUUUUCUAGUGAUGUCACUUUGACAUGAACAAGUGCUACAGGGGCAGCAGGGCAGAACGUUAAGGAUGCGUGUCAGUAAUCCUUUGGUACAUGCAGUGUCCUAAUGGCAGGUGGUGCUCCUAAUGUUGUAUUUGCCACACAGGAUUGCGCUAAUAGAACUGUAUGUAUGUGCCUGCUUUCAUUUUAGGAAUGGUGAACUCUAUUCUGCAGCUUGAACCUUGACACAUAACUUUAAAACCUGGGAACAACGCAAGCCAUGUACUGUAUAUUAUGUAUUGUUUCCUAAUGCUGAAAUUGUACAACUGAAACAGUAAUAAAAAUACUCUGAAGUUCAAAA